GGAACUAAGAUAAGCGUGGUUUAUCUUAAUGAGCUCGCCACUCAUCCAGGCGUGCAUGUUCCCUUGUUGAAUAUGCUGGGAAAGAUACCAGGAUCCAUACUUGCAAGAGUCCACUGUGAAGUAGCACCCACAUGUGGAAUAGGGCUUGCUGCCACUUAUGUGGAAGGAAAUGAAAGUGCAGCUCUAGGUACUGACCUUGGAAGACUCUUGGGAAUACAACAUGUUAAGUGGAACCCAGCAAUUGAACCAGUAAAGGAGUUUCGCUUCAAGCCAUUUUCGUGUGUUGAUUGGUGGAACAUGCACUAUUUAGGCUCCAGCAAAUUUUCUCCUGUUCUGGCAUUUGUUUGUCUUUCAAAAUGGAACAAUCCACCCAAAGGGGAAUGCAAAAUGUCUCUUGCGCUUUACUUCGAGCCAGACAUCGUCCUGCCUCGUCAGAUUGCUUCACUUAAUUCUGUACCUAGCUUUAUGCUAAGGAAGGAAUUGGGAACUCUGACUUUCAAGCAAGGGGAGAGACGGGCCUAUGCAUUUGAAGUCAAUUUUGGAAAGCCACAGGUUGAAGGCAAGAGUGUCACUCUUAAUUUUGCUUCUGCAUAUUGUGGAUUGAGUCAGUAUAUGGAAUCUGACAUUGUGAUAGACUUGACACUGAUGAGUAGUCCUAUGAUGGGAGGAACAUUUACUUUAGCCUUUGUGGCAGGGAGCUACCUGAAAAGCAUUAAAAAUAUGCAAUUUUUGGAUGCUCUUCCACACAUAACUUUUAACUUUGAAAAAGGAGGCAAAAGCACACGGAGUUUGAAAUUUCCGGGCAAGUUGUUUCCUACAUACCAAAGUUUGGACCGGUGGGAUCUCAAUGCUAGCAAAGAGGAUGAUGUUUCUGGGCAUUUUGUUCUUUAUCAAAGAGAUACAGUGUCAAGUGCUCUUGAGGGUGAUUUAGUCUUCCGUGUUUCUGCACGAGUUUCUGGGGAGCCUACUAUGCAUGGAGUUAGUGUUGGAUACCCGACAACACUCACAAGGGCGACCACUGGGAAAUUAUCAAGUCGAACUUUGGGGGAGAAAGUUAGAAAACCUGUUGGCUAUGCUAAAGGACAGGCUCACAUGAAUUUGGCUGAUUUCAAAAGAGUUUACUACCCGAUGGCUGAAUGGACAUACUCUCCCGAGAAGUAUGAAGGGAGAAGGGAUGAUAGAGACAUCUUGAGGCUUCUGCUCAAAAUGAGACUUGAUGGGAC